GUUCUCUGCCAUGACACCACACAACUGUGAAGUGGCUUGAAGGAAGCUGCAUGCACUGUCUGGCUGUGUACUGUAGACUCAAACAGCAUGGGAGACUUCCAGCAGUUUGAGCAGGACUUCUACCAGACAGGAUAUUACACAGAUGACCAGGGUCAACCUGUGGCCUAUUAUAAUAUCUAUGAUCCCACAAGCCCUGAUAAUUAUGACGGUGGGGAACAGGCUUUCAUUCCAGAUGCUCUGGAUCCUUCCAUGGAACAACAGUACACUGGACAGUUCUACCAUCCUGCCGUGUCUUCUGGUACUAUUGGAGGCACAGGGACAGAUUCUCUUGAAGAGGAGCCGCCCCUUCUUGAAGAACUUGGCAUCAGUUUUGAUCACAUCUGGCAGAAGACGCUGACAGUGUUGAACCCCUUCAAGCCUGCAGAUGGCAGCAUAAUGAAUGAGACUGAUCUGACAGGUCCGAUCCUCUUCUGCGUCACACUGGGGGUCUUUUUAAUGAUGGCAGGUAAAGCUCACUUUGGUUGUAUAUACGGGAUCAGUGCCACAGCCUGUAUUGUGGUGUACAUUCUGCUGAGUCUGAUGAGUACUGUGGCAGUGUCUUAUGGUUGUGUGGCCAGUGUCCUGGGCUACUGCCUCCUGCCCAUUGUGGCCCUCUCUGCAUUUGCUGUCUUCUACUCUUUGCAAGGAAUGCUGGGUACACUUCUGGCCUUGUUAGUGAUUUGUUGGUCUAGUUUCUCUGCCUCCAAGAUCUUCAUCUCCACCCUCGCUAUGGAAGGCCAGCAGAUGCUGGUUGCCUACCCAUGUGCUCUACUCUACGGACUCUUUAUACUGCUCGCUGUAUUUUAACUGGCACUAGAUGCAACGCAGAGUAUUAUCAUGAUGCUUAUAAUUAUUAUUAUUUGUUUGUUGAGAUGUUGCAGAGGGAUUUACCAAACAUUUUAUGGAUGACUGCAUGUUACAGAGCUUCAGCUCCACACUGAUCUCCGUGUUCUUAUAAAUGAAAUCUUUGUUUAGCCUUUAUCUCAAUGUCCUAUAAACUUUGAUUUGUUGUCUUUUCUAUGUCGAUGUUUGUUUUAUUGAUUCAUGAUGUUUUAACGUAGUGACUGUAUGUUCUCCACACUUUUUUUCUGCUCAUA